UCAAACCCAUUCUUCAAACUUCACACACAAAUCUCAUAUCAUACAUAACCUUAAUUACAAUUUAGAAAGAACAUAGAAAAGCAUAGAAAAUGAGUCAACAACACCAAUACAACAUUCACAAAGCAUUCUUGUUCUGCAACUACAUACUCUUAUCUGCAUCCUCAAGUUGCAUCUUCCUCACUCUCUCCCUUAACCUUUUCCCUUCAAUCUGCGGCAUCUUCUUCAUUCUCCUCCACGCAUUCACCAUCGCCGGAGCUGUUUCCGCCUCUGCAUCAUCAUCAAUAACUACUCUUACUCGCUGGUACUCUGCACACAUGGUAGUCACUGUGCUAACUGCCAUAUUUCAAGGUUCAGUUUCUGUGCUGAUUUUCACAAGAACUGAAGAUUUUCUUGUUGAGUUGAAAUCAUAUGUUAGGGAAGAAGAUGGUUCUGUUAUAUUGAAACUAUGUGGUGGAUUAACUAUUUUAAUAUUUUUGUUGGAGUGGGUUGUUUUGAUACUUGCGUUUUUCUUGAAGUGUUAUUCUUACCAUGAAGGUGGUGAUGGUGCUAUGAGGAGUGGUAAGGUUCAGAAUCAAGAAGAUUUGAAGGAUUGGCCAUUGUCUUUACAACUUUAGUUAAUUCUUCAGCUUAAUUAUAAGUCACAACAAUAGCACUGAUUUAAGUGCUUAUUAUUUGUUGGAUUUAGAUUGUUUGAUUAUUACUCUUUUUUUCAACCCUUUUAUUCUUGAUGAUGUUGUAUGUGUUGUGAUUAUCAUCCCAACCUUUGUUCAAAAAAUUAUAUAUAUGUUUUAAUUAA